UGGAGUUUGGCUUGUUUGCUUAGUCUCCAGUGUUACCCAACAAAAGUCCUUUGCACAAAUGCUGAUAGAGUAUAGUUAUGAGAUGGUCAAUUUUUGGUCCGAGCAUGUAAAUUUAACAUAAGAUUGUUAUAUGUCAAAUACGAGUUCGUAGGAUACAUCAAAUAAAAGAAUCUAUUUCAUGUUUGCUGUUCUGUUUAGUUUGAUCUGAGAUAUGCUUGUUGGCAACUGUUUAUAUGGUUAAAGUUGUUUUAUUAUACUUUCCUAUAAAUCUAUCUACGCAUUGACUAUGACAUGCAGGGGACAAGGAGAUCACCAUAUUGAGUAUAUGCCGGCUCCACGGAUCACUGAAACAGAUAAAACCAAUGAUAAAAACUAAUGCUCAUUGCUGUAGUAUAUAUUUGGCUUAAAAAAAUCAUGUUGGUGAAUAUUGUUGGUGAAUAUUGUUGGUGAUUCUGUAUGCUUAGUCGAAUUGGACAAAUUCUAAGUGCAGAAAGUAGAAUCCUCGAGCCUUUUUCUCUUACAGAUGAAUCUCGUUUGCACUACUCCCUCUUAUAUUUCUGAAAUGAAGAUCAUAUUGCCCUGUAGUACUCAUGUGCUUGCCUUCCAAUUCUACUAGUUUUUCAGAGAGAUUGAUAUAUGGUCAACUAAGUUUUGUAGGUGAUGAUGUGCACCGCUGCAUAUGAUAGCGGAGUAAUGUAUAUUUAUUACUAUCAUACAGGUCACUGCAGAGAGCACUUGACCGAAGACUCUUAUCUUCUUUUGUUUGGUUCUUCGUAUGAUUCUAAUGGAAAACCUGUGUGGCACUUUCCUGAGAAGGUUUACGACUCUGAACCAACACUACGCAAGUGUGCGGAAUCUGCUUUAGAAUCUGUGGUGGGGGAUCUUUCGAAAACUUAUUUUACUGGAAAUGCUCCAAUGGGGCAUGCAGUUAUUCAGCCAGCAGAAAAUGACAAGGUCGAUGCACCUUCCAAGUGGGAUGUCCUUAUGACGUGGUAGAAUGUGUUUUUGGAAAGUUCAUCGGGACGUCCGCUGGGAUAUCCGUUUCACCGU